AUGGCCAAGAUUAAGCCCCGAGACCUUGGAGGCAAGAAGGAGCUGCUGAAACAACUGGAGGACCUGAAGGUGGCGCUAUCUCAGCAGCGCGUCGCUAAAGUGACAAGAGGCGCGGCUUCUAAACUCUCCAAGGUCCGAGGUGUUAGCAAAUCCAUCGCCCGUGUUCUCACCGUCAUCAACCAGACUCAGAAGGAGAACCUCAGGAAACUAUAUAAGGGCAAGAAGUAUAAACCCCUGGAUCUUGCCAUGUGACGCCGGCUGAACAAGCCCGAAGGGAACCUGAAGGCCAAGUGGCGGCUGCGGAAGGAGCCACACCCACCGUGGAAGUGCGGGAUCAAGGCCUGA